CAGUACGGUUAAUGAGCCACUACUGUUAUCUGAUAUUGCGGUCCGAGUCGCUGGUUUUUCUGGAAAAGCUGAAGAGUGGCCUUUGUCUGAGUUUGUACCCUGCCAGUGGAACAAUCUCCAUUUUUACCACAGGUUUCUGGUCUCCACUAACUGUCCAGUCAAUCUCUUGGGGAGAGAUAUCAUGUGUGAACUGAAUGUGGGACUGCUGAUGUACCCAGAUCGGGUUGAAAUCUCAUUCCCGAAUGGACAGGUGCAGAUGUGUUGUACAGCCAGAAACACAUCAGCUCAGAUGUUGCUGGGGGCAUCUGAAGAGGCACCGGAGAAAACGCACAUGA